UGCCCAUCAGAGACUACUACGCUGUCAGAGUUUGUCCCAAAACCCUGAUGUAGAGGCAGCCGCCACUUGUGAGCAUGCCCCUUCUCCUGAUGACCACUGGGUGUUACCAGUGAACUGUGAAACUGGACCUGCACUGAAGGCGGCUGUGAGGAUCCUCUGGGGAGCAGCUACAUCCCCCUCAUCAGCUGAGAAGACAUCACUCAGUGGACAAAUACAUAUGACCUCCUGACAUUGCUCUAUAUUACCCUGAGUUACAGAAGCACAAAUUACCUGAAGAUGUUGUCAUUACCCAAUCAUCCAAGCCCUCAACAUUGCUGAGCCAGCCAAGCCCUCAAUAUUCCACUGCACUGUAGGAGAGAUGCAACCAUCACACCAACUGCCUUUAGUGGGACUCCUAUUGUUUUCUCUUAUUCCAAGCCAAAUAUGCAAAAUCUGUGUGGUAAAUGAAAAUAACCUCUUCCGUCUGGACCCUCUGUUCAACACAAUGAAUAAGUCAAAUUAUGCCAUUGGAACUGCAUCUGCCUAUGUCCUGCUUUCCCUCAGAAUUGUUGGGAUCUCGAUCCAACCCCUAAACAAAACCCUUUCCCAAAAAAUCAGAGAUAAUGUGAAUGAGAAUGAGACAAAUUUAAGUUCAGGAGCACUUGCUUUGAGUAUACUGGCUUUGGGAGCUUGUCAUACCAAAGACAUAAACUUUAUUUACGAUCAUCACCUGAUUGACCAUCUAAAAAAUAAAUUCCAGAAAGAAAUUGAAUAUAUGGAAGAACAAAAUGGCAAUCCGCUGACUAACUACUACCAGCUCAGCCUUGAUGUUCUGGCCUUGUGUCUAUUCAAUGGAACAUACUCACCCAAAAAAGUUGCUGAUUUAUUUGCUCCUGAAAAUAAAAACUUUUAUUUUCAUGACCAGUUCUCAGUAGAUACUGGUGCAAUGGCUGUCCUGGCUCUGAUAUGUGUGAAGAGAAGUCUAAUAAAAGAGCAGACCAAAGCAGAUGAAGAUCUAAAGCAUAUUGAAAAUAAUAUACGGACACUGGUAGAAAAGAUUCUGUCUGAGAAAAAAGAAAAUGGUCUCAUUGGAAACACAUUUAGUACAGGAGCAGCUAUGCAGGCCCUCUUUGUCUCACCAGACUAUUACAAUGAAAAUGAGUGGAACUGUGAUCAAACUCGAGACACUAUACUCAAGAAAAUUUCUCAGGGAGCAUUUAAUAAAGCAACUCUUGCAGCACAAAUCUUACCUUCUCUGCUGGGAAAGACCUACUUGGAUGUGAACAAAGAGUCUCCUUGCAUCCAACCUUUAGGUAACUUCAACAUCUCCAUUCAAGUGCCUGAGCCUGUGACAGCUACUAACUCACCCUCAUGUAUCUCAGUCCAUUACUCUGUGAAAAUCAAUAAAACAUAUUCCACCAAUGUCAGUGUGUCAAGAGGCUCUGUCUUCCUACAUGUAAUGGAGGAAGCUCAGAGAAGGAAUAAUACUAUAUUUCGCUUUACAGUGGAGCACACCUCAUUGGGCCUCUAUGUCAAUUCCGUUCAGGGCAUAAAGGCCGACAAUAGUGAUAGGACCUACUGGCAAAUUCUCAGUGGAGACAAACCACUGGAAGAAGGAGUUGAUAGCUAUGUUGUCCAUAACGGAGAAAACUUGGUGAUCCGCUGGAGCAAAUACUAAUAAGCUCGGACCUUCCUCAGGAUAGAGCUUUUGUACUGGAAAACAUGUAGAAAUUUUCCCAGUGCCUCUUUUUUUUCAUUGUCCCAACACAAUGGGAAUGUUGAUUAACUCCCUUUCUUUCUCUAGAUUUUUAAUAAAAGA